UUACUUUCGAUUUCACAGAAAUACCCCUCCCCUGCACACAAACUCGCAGCAGCAAAAGUGAAAGAGAAAAAGGAGCUAAGCUGCACACACAGAACAGCAGACAGAGAAAGACACACCGACCUCAAAUCUCAACAUAACCGUCACACAAGAGUCAAACAUGGGAUCCUCUCCAUCCAAACCUGAAUUCCGCACAGUUCUGGCUGAUAAACAAGUUAUAGAUGGAUAUGAUGUUAUUCUUUCCUGUGAGGCAAACACAGAAUAUGUAACGGCAACUUGGGAAAAGGAUGGCCAGAAAUUGGCUUGUGUGGAGGGCAAGCACACUGUGAAAAAAAUUGGUACAAAAUGCAUCUUGGAAAUUGGAAAAGCUCAGGAGAGUGAUGAAGGGAAAUACACCAUAACCCUGAGCAACAGUUCAGGUUCUGACUCAUGCUCUGCCCUCGUCAGAGUCCAAAUAAAUGAAUGGAGGACAGUGCAAUGGAGACAAGCCGGAAUGUUUAAUGCUCUCAAGACAUUUAAUAUUUGUAAUGAAGUUGAAGAGCUCCGCUUUCUCCUGUAUGGACCAGUUGGAGCAGGAAAGUCCAGUGCCAUAAACACCAUCAGAACCAUUUUUGAAGGACGUCAGUUUGUCAACUGUCUGGCUGCUGCAGGAUCUACUAAGAGUCACACUCUAUGCUAUGAAAGAUUCAGAUUUGCAAAUGAAGAAGGAUCGUUUCCUUUUGCCUUCAAUGAUAUAAUGGGUGCAGAAGCAAAAGAUGGGGUCCUCACUCAAGAUAUCAUCAGCGCUUUAAAUGGCCAUAUGAAAGAGGGUUACAUGUUUAACUGUAACAAUCCACUGACUACAAACAACCAUUAUUACAAUCAAAAUCCCAGCCUGAGUGAUCAGAUGCACUGCCUGGUGUAUGUCAUACCAGCCGACAUGAUUUCAAUGAUGGACGACGAUUUUAUCAAAAAAUUGAAGAGUGUCAGAGAAACAGCAAGCAGAAUGGGAAUACCUCAAGUGGUUUUCAUGACAAGAAUAGACCGCGCAUGUCCAAUGACGAAGGAGAAUUUGCAAAAUAUCUACAAAAGCAAAAAGAUCAGAGAUAAAAUGCGGGAAUCCAGUAAUGUAGUGGGUGUUCCUGUGAACUGUAUCUUCCCUGUCUUGAACUAUCACGAGGAGACCCAUGUGAACGAUAAUAUAAACUGCCUGAUGCUGGAUGCCUUAACACAGAUUAUACACUGGGCUAAUGAUUAUGUGGUCAAAAGGUCCAACAACCAAAUUUCACCUCAACAACCAAUCCGAGAAUAAAGAGAUUUCACACAAAAAAUGACAAACAAUUCUGCAUGUCUAACGACUAAUUGUAUUUAAAUUCACCCAAUCCUUAAUCCAAAUCAAUCUUUUGAUGCAAAAUAUUUUAAAUAUAUGAAACUUACAGUAUAUUAGUUUAAUGAUACAGAUUUUGAAAAUGAAUUUACAGAUAAAAUGCAUGUUUUAUAGUCAAAAUCCUAGCCUGAACAUUGAAACAGUGCAUGAAAGGUUUUUUUAAGGGAAAAUUUUUAAAUGAUCAUGGAAUUGAUUCACUGUGCAUCAGUGGCACAGAUUGAACAAUUUAAAAUUCUAUAUAAGAGUGUAAUAUUGAUAUGGAGCUGCAAAAGAAUUGAAAUGGAGCUGCAAAAAUAUGGCAAUAAUUAGCACACUUUUCAGAUAUUUUAUGUUUAUCUCAUUUCAGCUGUAAUAUACUAAUAUAACUAAUAUACCAAUAUACCUUAUACUGAUCAUGCUUUUCAAAAAACUACUUUUUUCUUUAAUGUUCAAAAUAAAACUUUUUACAAAUUG